UGACGGAGCACACGUUAAAAGUCGUGUGGCAAAAACUGUUAAAAAAGAAAGUAAAUCUCGUUUGAAAACUUAAUUUUAAGCAAUAUCUACAUUAAAUUACGCUUCUAAACAAAGAAGGCGACGUAUAACAUUAAUUUAAUAUUGAAAUUACAAGUUAAUUUUAAGAAACAUGAGUACAACUUUAGAAAAAAUUGCAGCCAUCGAAGCUGAGAUGGCUAGAACUCAAAGGAACAAAGCGACAAUGGGGCAUCUUGGACUUUUGAAAGCUCGACUCGCAAAACUAAGAAGAGAAUUGAUAACUCCCAAAGGUGGUGGUGGAGGUCCAGGAGAAGGUUUUGAUGUUGCUAAAACUGGUGAUGCAAGAAUAGGAUUUGUUGGAUUUCCUUCUGUUGGAAAAUCAACAUUGAUGAAUACUUUAGCUGGAGUGUUUUCUGAAGUAGCAUCAUAUGAAUUUACAACUUUAACUACUGUACCUGGUGUCAUUAGAUAUAAAGGUGCUAAAAUUCAAUUAUUAGAUCUUCCUGGAAUUAUAGAAGGUGCUAAGGACGGAAAAGGUCGUGGUCGGCAGGUUAUUGCAGUUGCAAGGACAUGCAGUCUUAUUUUUAUUGUACUGGAUGUAUUGAAGCCUCUUCAGCAUAAAAAAAUUAUUGAAAAAGAAUUGGAAGGAUUUGGAAUUAGAUUAAACAAACAACCUCCUGCAAUUGCAGUAAGAAAAAAAGAUAAAGGAGGAAUUAAUCUACAGUCUCUGGUCACCCAAUCUGAACUUGAUAUCGAUACGGUAAAAACAAUUCUAUCCGAAUAUAGGAUACAUAAUGCUGACGUUGUCCUAAAAUGUGAUGCUACUUCUGAUGAUUUAAUUGACGUCAUAGAAGGAAAUCGAAUCUAUAUCCCAUGUAUUUAUUGCUUAAACAAGAUAGAUCAAAUAUCUAUUGAAGAAUUAGAUAUCAUAUACAGAAUUCCACAUUGUGUACCUAUUUCUGCCCAUCAUAAAUGGAACUUUGAUGAUCUCUUAGAAAAAUCUUGGGAAUAUUUGAAAUUAAUAAGGAUAUAUACAAAACCAAAGGGUCAGUUACCAGAUUAUGAAGCACCAGUCAUUCUGAAUCAAGAUAAAAGAACUGUUGAGGAUUUUUGUAACAAACUACAUAGAUCUAUAAUGAAGGAAUUUAAAUAUGCACUUGUUUGGGGAUCAUCAGUUAAGCAUAAUCCUCAGAAAGUUGGAAAAGAUCAUAUACUUAAUGAUGAGGAUGUGGUACAAGUUGUGAAAAAAUCAAGUUGAAAACAUUGAAAGGGGAACAUUCAACAUAUUUCCACAGAGGUAAGGCCAAUUAUCCGACAGCCAUUUAACUAAAGAAAAUUUGACUGUAUCACAGGAGUUAUUAAGAUUUAAAGAGGGUAAACAAAAUUGUGCCCCCACAAAAACAUCCAUACAUACAUUCUCAAGUUUUGACUGCACUAUUUUAUUUUUCUGGCAGUCAUCCUCCUAGUUUAGAUUUAAUGUGUUUGCAAUUAAAAACUAUUGAACUGCUUUUUUUUUUAAACAAUUAUGUUCAUAUUUACAGAGAAAACAUCAAUUAAUUGAUGUAUUCUCAGACUUAACAGUAAUAUCCAAUAAACAUUGAUAUGUAUCAAUAAGUUAUGCAUCUCUAAACAUAAUAUCUAAGAUUAAAAUAAAGUUGAACUUAAAGAUUUUAAUUGAGAGGAUACAGGAUAAUUGGUCAUCUAUCUGUAAUAUAAUUUUUUUAAAUAUUAAAAAGUGUGUAAGAUUGAAAAUCUGAAUGUUGUGUGAACAAAAAUACUAUUAAAAGAAUAACAAUUUUUCACUAAAACUUACUUGAAACACAGAUCAGUUUAUGUACAAAAUAAACAGUAAAGUGAUCUCUUAUUACAGAUCAUCCAGUAACAAAAGUUUUAAUUAAGACUAAUAUAAAGCUGAUAUUAGCUUUAUAGUAGUCUUAAUUAUUUUCAGUAAUACUGAAAUUUCAGUAUCCAGUGGCAAUGGGAUGAUCUCACAACAUUUAUGCUUUUAUAUAAUGCUUAAAUAUGAGUUGAAUCUAGCAUGUUUGUGAUAUUUUAUAUAAAAGCAUGCCACAUAAACCUUCCUUUAUCCUUAAGUACUGAAAAAUAGUUAAGAUUAAUAAGACUAUAAAGCAGGUUGAAUAAAUAUGAUAGGGAUUUAUUUUAGAAAAUCAAUUGUUAAUCAGAUGAAAGUUUUUAUUGAUUGUAAGAUAAGAUAGGAGAUUGGAAAAUUUGAGUUAAACUGAAGGAUUUGACAUCAAUAUAAUUGGCUGCACAAGUGAACAGAAAUUCCUGUUACUUACAUGAAUAUCCUAUUGUCCCAAAUGUGCUUUGCUAUUUUGUUCCUAUGGAAAAAAUUUGUAUUGGUACUGGUAGUAACAAUGUUUUUUAAUUAAUAUUACAGACACACAAAAUUUUCUGGUUACUUGUGACUGGAAAUGUCAAGCCCUGAUAAAUUUACUUAUAUACAAAAUUCCUUAUCUAGGAAAUAUUAAUAUAUUAAAAGUUUAUUUACAUCAUACAGAGAAAUUUUCUAUACAACAAUACUAAAAUGUUUAUGUACUACAGUUUCUCAUAAAGGAAAAAUUAAUAGAAGAGUCUGUUAUUUCCAAGAAUGUUCUUUUUAUUUUUGCAUAUUAAACAGUAAAUUUUUUUAUAAUUAUAUAAAUUUUAUUAUAAUUUUCUAAUAUAAACCAUGUGAUCCAGAAGAUAUUUCAGAUAGUAGCAAUUAAUGCUGCUAUGUCAAAAAAUCCAGCAACAAGUUGCUUAACUUUCCCAGCAACUUUUAAAAUUUUGGUGGCCCCA